AAAACAGGCCCUCUUAAUUCGAUCUCUAUCGACUUCUCCGUUCUCCAAACAAAAACCUUCGAAGGCUCGAAGCAGAGAAAAACCCUCUCCUCCCACCACCGCCUUUAGACACAAUCAUGGGAACUCCAGAAACAUCCCGGGAACCGUGCCCCGACCGCAUCCUCGACGACAUAGGCGGCGCCUUCGGCAUGGGCGCUGUCGGCGGUUCCGCCUUCCACUUCAUCAAGGGCGUCUACAACUCCCCCGCCGGCGCCCGGUUCAUCGGCGGCUCCCAGGCCGUCCGGAUGAACGCUCCGCGCGUCGGUGGAAGCUUCGCCGUCUGGGGGGGCCUGUUCUCCGCCUUCGACUGCACCAUGGUCUACGUCCGCCAGAAGGAGGACCCCUGGAACUCCAUCAUCGCCGGCGCCGCCACCGGUGGCUUCCUCCAGAUGCGCCAGGGGCUUGGCGCCUCGGCCCGAUCGGCCGCCUUCGGUGGCGUUCUUCUGGCGCUGAUUGAAGGAGCUGGGAUCAUGCUUAAUAAGUUUAUGAGCCAGCAGCAGCAGAUGCCGGUUGUGAUUGAAGAGCCGGCGAAUAUGGCCGGUAUGCCUGGGCUUCCUCCGAUGGGCCGGGCUCCGGGUCAGCCUGGCCCACCGGAGAUGGCAACGUCCGUCAGCAGCGGGUCUGAGGCGAAUUCGAGCUCAGGAUCGUGGUUUGGAGGGUGGUUCGAAAAGGGGAAGGAGUCUGAGGCCAAGAGCAGCGGAAGCGCGACGAAGAUUUUGGAGAGUUUCGAUGCACCGCCAGUGCCGACCUUCGAGUUUAAGUGAUUGAUUAUGUGGAUGAACAGCCUAAGACUGCUAUGGAUAUUUCAUUUUUGCUUUGAGGCGCUUGAGGAGCAGUACAUAGUAGAGACACGAAGCUCGCCACAACCAUAACGUCGAAAGAAGUUGGGAAAACUCAAACAGUUAGGUGUUCCUGUGUUAGAAUUAAGGAUCAUUGUUAUACCCUGGCCGGUGUACUAGUUUCGAUAAUUUAUUCGCCUAUAUGUUUCAGGGAUUGUACGUUAUACUCUGGCUGGAAAACUAGUUCCUUAAUUAAGACGAAUGUUAAUUUCAUGUUUCCAUUAAUGUGAAAUUACUUAUCCUUAAUACAAACUCGAAUGCGAAUGACUUGGUUUCGGAACA